AUGAAAGGAAUAAUAGUUGUAACUGUGAUGCUAGCCACGUUAGAUGUAACCGAAGGGUCCAACAAGAAAGGGAUUGGUAUAGCUGGAGCUGACACGUAUAUUUGUGGGGACGAACAGGCAUUUACAACUGCUCAUUGGUGGUAUGAUUGGCGUGUCAAACCCACAGAACAUCAGUUAAAGAACUGCACUAAUAAACCAAAGAUCGGAUACGUCCCAUUAGUUUGGGGCCAUGGACAGUGGGCUGCCACAAAAUUCAAUCUUACAGAUGACAUCCACUAUGUUUUAGGCUUCAAUGAGCCGAACCAUCCAGAACAAGUUAACAUGACCCCAUAUACAGCUGCAAAACACUGGCAAGCUAUUGAGACCAGAGCCCAUGGCAAGGUUUUGGUAAGCCCUGCAGCUGCACCUUGUGGACAUUGUCAAUACGAUACUAUUGCAUGGCUAGAUGAAUUCCUUCGCAAUUGCACCGGUUGUAGAGUAGACCAUAUUGCAACACAUGCUUAUUGGUGCAAUGCUGAUAAAAUUAUGUCGUUUUUGAAACAGAUAUGGGAUCGAUUCCAUAAACCAAUAUGGCUCACAGAAUUUGCCUGUAUGAAAACCCAUUCUGUAAAUGUACAGUUGCAGUUCAUGCGGGAACUACUACCUCGAUUAGAAGCAGCUCCAUUUGUUUUUCGAUACGCUUGGUUUGUUAGUAGAUGGUCGGGAGAUGGCUUUGUGACAUCAUCUGCAAGUCUGUUACAUCAACAUUCUCCAACGCUUACAACCCUUGGACACUUUUAUAACAAUUUCAUUCAUUGA